ACUCAGUUGGUUUCGCUCGUUGCUGAGAAAGAGUGUUCGUUGUACACCGCUUAGAAAGAUAUGACAAUUAAAAUUGUGACUUAGUUAUACGUUGAUUUCACUUUCUUACAAGGCUGUUGUUUUUGUGCUUUUGUUUUCGAAUAAAAUGAUGUUUAAGUGUUUUGUAAUUAUCGCCGCUGCCGUUGCAGUAGUUGCAGCAAAAGUUUCCCCAAAAGUUAAAUGUACUCCAUCACAGAUGCGCUUGGAAGUACCAAUUUCUUCAACUACAAUGUCGGUAUAUAUUCAAGGUUUAAGAGAUUAUCCCGAUCCGGCAUGCAGACCUCAUACCGACUCAACAGGAUCCUUGGCCGUCCUUGAACUCGAUUUACAGGAUGUCUACCGAUGUGCUGUUACCAGAGCUAUUAAUAAACAAACGGGUAAACAAAUUUAUUAUCAAACACUGAUCAUAGAAAAUGCUGAGGAGGAUGGACAUGUUAUUAAAGAAAAUCUUCACGUCAAGUGCUCGAUAUUUUCGAUCAAAAAUCAUACAUUAACGAAAAGAAAUGUUUUGCCUGCAGAUUUCCAAGAACCAGAAGAAAUAGAAAUAUUGACAACGAACGAAACAAUUGGUAGAGCUCCGGAACCAAUUUUAGGGGUAGGUGUAAGGCAGGCCGGUAAGUUGGUAACUGGAGAACUGAACGUAUCACCUGGAACCCCCCUUCAAAUGGAAAUUUUCUUAGAUAAUGUAUCAGCUAAAGUGUAUGGACUUUUAGUUACACAUAUGCAAGUGACUGAUACAAAAUCUCAAGAGGAAACAAUUAUUUAUAACGGCUGCUCCAUUGAUCCGUACCUAUUUGAAAACUUCAAUACUGUCGACGGAGAUUUUUUGUCAGCUAAAUUCAGAGCAUUCAAAUUUCCGGAAUCGACGUAUGUACAGUUCAAAGGGACAGUGAAUGUUUGCUUGGAUAAAUGCAAAGGGGUGGAAUGCAGUGAUGGUCAAAUCGGUUAUGGAAGGAGAAAACGAGCAAUUUCAGAACUACCCGCAGAUCCUAAUAAAGUUUUCGAAAUAACUAUUACCUCUUUCAUUAAAGUAGGAUCGGAGAAUAUUGUAAAUGUUUCGAAUGGAGAAAAAACUUACAAUAAUAAAAAGUUUAUUGUCGGAAAUAAAAUGACAGAAAGGGAUAUUAUUGAUGAUAAAGAUUUCUUUAGAGAGGAUCCAGUUCGAGAAGUACUUGAAUUAAAAGAAGAAGAAAAAUAUACCUCCAUUGUAGCAGACAGUGGUUCCUCGUCACUACAUUUCGCUUUCCCCAUUUUAUUCAUAGCCAUCACCCAAUUAAUUGUGUACAUACUAUAAAUUUAUGCAGGCUCAAAAAAAUCAUUUUAAUUCUAACUAAAAAAUAUUGUACAUAUGUCUGUGAUAAUGUUCUGAAAAACGGUGUGAGAGUGAUUUAGUCUAGUCUACAAAUUCAAAUGUUUAUGUAAUAGGAUGUCAACUAUUAGUAAAAUUAUGUCGAUUAGCUCACUAGAUCCAGAAUGAUAUCUAGAUUAUUGUACCUAAAAACUUGAUUAGCUAAUAAAUAUUUCAAAAGUUCAUAAGCAAUUUGGCUCGUAGAGUAUAGAUAUUUUCCAAUUUUUGAAAAAUAUUGUUAAAGAUAACGAAAUUUACUAAAAAAAGUUUCAAGUCCUGAAACUCUACCUACAUUAUUCAUAAUUUUAAUUUAACGCUGAAAAUAGCACUCCGCGCGUUAUUGUUAGGUUGCGCACACCGCCUCGAAAAAAUUUAAAAAAUAGUAAGAUACCUGUUUAAAGUGAAUAUCUAUUUCUGGCGUUGAAUAAAAAUUAUAAAUAAUGGAGGUACAGUUCCGAAAAAUAAAAACUUUUAGUAUAUCAUUCUAAAAAUUUAAAAAUAUUUACAAUUUACGAACUGUAAGUGAAAAACCAAUAUAGCUUCUGAAAUCUUAAGGACUAAUAAUUUUUUACGCAUCCUCAAAUAAGUUACUCCGAAUAAUUUUAGUAAUAGUUUGUCGAAUUGAACAGAUGUGAAGUUGUAGACUAUUCUAAUUUUUGAGGUAGCAGGAAAAAUAUUUAUCGAAAUCUGAAAGAAUAUCGUGAGACGAAAUUGUCACAAUAUUUCAACAACCCGACUGCUUUAUGACAGUUUUCAAAUAUUAGUAUUAACAAAAUUAUAUUCAAUUACAAGCAUAUCCAAGUAUCUAAUAUUCACGAGAGUGUUUCUCCAGAGAAAUACACGGAGUAGAGGAUAGUACCUGAAAUCGAAAUAUAUUGUCUAGGCGCGAACCGGUAUAAGUUAAAGACAUUAAAAACAAAAAAGUCCAGUAACGUUCGUAAAAGUGCGAUGUAGAUUACUGAAAAUUUUAUUCAAUUAAACCAAGAAUUCAAAUCCAAAAGGUAUACUCAUUUAAUUGAAUUUUUUCGUAUGUUUCAAUUGAUAUUUUAAAACAGACUUCUGGAUUGGAAAAUUCUUUCUCAACAACCCUUUUUAUCGGGGUUGGUACGGUCAAGAAUAUUUCUUGACGUUUCUUGAAGUUAAUAUUCUAGGCAGAGAAAAAAUAUAAUCAUCAAAACUAAAUUUGAGAACAUAAUAUGAGUUUUUGUAAGAAAAACAAGAGUUCUUCAUCUCAAGAAGAUUCAUUAAAAUCCAUGAGUUAGGGGGAAACUUUUGAAAAUAUCAAUAUUUAAUACAAUCUCUCUAAACAAAUUUAUGGUCUUCAUUGAACACAGAUGUGAAUUAUCCACAAUUUAAAAGUAGUUCUUUUGAUUUAUCUCAAAUCAAUUUUAUGGAGUUGAAUAACAAAAUUGUAACCGGAGAAUUGUGGCACCAAACUCUUUUUAAAGGCCGCUUGUUUUACGAGCGAACAAGCGGCCUUUAUAAAGCUCUUCUAAAUUAUAGCAUUGAGUAAUUUUGAUUAACUGUUCAUUUGUCGCUUUUAGACGUAUAUAUAAAUAUUUGCAAAUCAUGGAGCUUAAAUUUUUGGUUUGAUUGUUAGGUAGUUUCAUCUUCUGUGGCGAAUAGUAUAAAAAAUCGUUCAUAACAAUGAUUGAUUUGGCAGGUUUAUUCGUACAUUGAGUAGAAGUUGAUAAAGUAACCACUUUUCAAAUAAUGAAGUAGUCAUGUCCUCGUGGCAAAUUCAAAAUUGUCAUUUUAUGUAGCUAUGAAAAAAAAAUGUUUUUUCAAUACCUUAUAAAUGUUGACCCCCUCUGAUUACAAUUUAUACAGUCUCUUAGCAUCGACAAAAAGAAGCCGUUUUCUGCAUAUGCACAAGAAAGAAUAAAGGAUGAUGCAUUUCUAAAACAUAAUUUUUUUAUAUAGGAUUAAAGCUCCAAAUCACUGUUUUUGAACCUUAUUUCGUUAUAAAGUUUAUUUAUAUUUAUUACAUUUAAUUGGAAUAGCGUGCAUGUUGGAGCGACUAUUUCACUUCAUGUGAUUAUUUCCUACGGGAUCAAAACCAAAGUUUAUUACUUUAAACGGUUGAACAUUAAACAUUCAUACGUAUUGAAAAACUUUAAAGCUUCCUGUUUUCCUAGAAAAAAAUAUUGUCUUGAUUUUAAAUAUGUAUUUUGAGUUUUUUUUAAAUCAUCUAUGAUAACCAAGUAUGUAUACGGUAUAUUCGCUUAUAAAUACAUUGUAACUAAGCGAAAUACUUCAGUAUUUAAUUUAAAUAUGAUUCUAUAGUCAUACUUAUUAUCAAGCAACUGGAUAUAGAAUUGCUUAAUCGGCUACUUUUUAUUCUCUAUUUCAUUCAUUUCGUAUGCUAUUUUAAUAUAUUUUCAAUUGUUUAUCUGUAAAUACUGAAUAUUUUAUUGACAUUACUUCUUCUAGUGUUCAAAAUAAUUCAAUAUCCGUUCAUCAUUUGUUAUCUUCUUUACAAAUAACAGAUAUAGUUGAUGUUCUUUUUUACAAGUCCAUUCUCUAAUUAGUUAUUAUACUACAAAUAGGAAUUUCGAAGGCUGCGGCUCUCCUUUUUUUCUAAAUGUGUGGCUCAAUCUUUAUUGCAUAUAAUGAAAAGGUACCAUUCCAAUUUAUCUGACUUAAUAAUAUAUGUACUUCCCCAACUUCGUUUUAUUUUUUCACCUGUCGGCUGAGGAAUGUAUUUGAAAUAUAAUGUCCAUUAAAGUAAGUAAGGGUAGUAAAAGAUCGCAAAAUUCCAAGUCUUACGUCUUAUAUCGGUGAACAUAAAUAUUUUCCUCUUCCUCAUAUAUGUUAGCAUGCUAGAAAAUAAUUUUUAUGAUAAUCAAAACUGCCAACUAGUUUUUACUAAUAAAUAAUAUUUCAAACAAGCUUCUGAAUAAUAUUAAUAACAAAUAUAAACAUAAAAAUUAAGUAGGUAUUUGUAAUAUCCAAUUUUAUGUCGUUACCGUUUCCUUGAAAGAAAUAACUGUAAUAUAAGCAGGAAUAAAGCUAUUCCUACGUAGCGAUGAUGGUAACUCACUUCAUUUAUAAUAUAUAUUAAGGAAGAAUUUGCAUCAUAUUUCUUUAAUUUCAGAUAUUGGUAAUUUACUACAUAAAUAAUUUUCAUUUAGUUAUCUUAGACAGUAUCAAACCAUGUAACUAAAUAUAGAGUCUAGGCAGGAGUGGAAGGGUGACAAAAAUUUCCUAUUUCCUAUGAAUUUAUGUACAAAACAGAAUAAUGUAAUAUAAAAACUAGUUUAAAACAAUAAAUGAAGACCCCACAUAAGUAGAAAGGACUACUUAUUCCCACACUUCAAAAUUUCAUUUAUAUUUGUGCAAAAAUUUUAUUCUGCACGAGAUGUUACAAUAUAUUAAUCUCACCUGACUUCUUCUAUUUUUAUUGCUUAGACCUUUUGAUAUGUUUAUGUUUCUAAAUGUUCUUGAUUUUAGGUCCCUUCUGUUUCAAAAUACUUUUUUUUUAAUAAUUUUCAAAAGAUAUAUAAAAAUUGACAUUUCGAAUAAUUUUAAGUCUUUAUCAAAAUAUCUUUUGAUAUAUCCUCGCUUCCAUAUUUUCACCCUCGUCGUCCUUGAUAACCACCCCAAGAUAUACAUAACUUCGAACUUGUUUUCUUAGCUCAUUGCCUUCUCUUCGUUCAGUUGUAUUGACAAACUUCUCAUUGCUCUUUUUCUUUGUGAUGUUGUCAAUAUCAUGAACUUCGAUUUAUCUUCGUUGACUCGUAGAUUCACUGUCUAUGCCAUUUCUAUGAAGGCUCUGCAGAUUUCCUUAAGCUCGUUUUCCGAUGUUGAAAGGAUUACUACAUCGUCUGCGUGUGUCAGUAGUUGCGUUGUAUGUACUUGUUUUUAGUGUCAUUUCCUGACCGAUUUCACUCACUAUCUAUUCUAAUACUAUAUUGAACAGCGUAGUGGAUAAAGGAUUUCCCUGUUUUAGUCCUGUGUUGGUCUGGAAACAUUUUGAUAUUCUUUGAUUUGCCUUUAUCUUAGUUUUUGGAUAUUCGAGUGUCAUUUUCGUAAGACUCCAUAUACUCUCAAACUAAUUCUUGAUAAAUCGUCUUUCUUUUAGAUCUCUUUUAUUAGAAAAUUAGUCUCAUAAAGGUAAAAAUUGACGUUUCGACCUAUUUCGGUCUUUAUCAAAAUAAGAUUUUCAGAAAUGAUACACAUACGCAGAAAUGAGAAAGCAGUCAAUGAUAAAAAAGACCGAAAUAAUUGGAGUAAAAUUGAUAGUUUUACUUUAUGAACUUCAGUGCAAUUACGAAUAUUUUCUUUGGUUAAAUCAGAUUUUUUUUUCAAUAUUUAUGUUGUAGGUGAUCUCUUGCUUGAUAUAAAAAAAUAUAGCGAGGCUAAUAUAUAUCAACAAAUGAUUUUCAUCGACUCCUAGUGCGCUCUACAAUACCCAACUAUCCCUGAGUCUAGGUACAAAACAAUUAAUUCUAUACACGUGAAAAAAUGUAUACUCAAGUAUCACAAGGGGCAUUGAGGAAAUAUUCCUCCAUCAUAUAAACGGAAUUUGAGAAUACUUUACUUCUUAUAAAUGCUGCUUGUUGAUUUUUCUAUUUAAUCAACGUAUUAAUGAUUCUAUAUGGUAUUUAUCAACUGUUAUUCUCUUGCGACGAUAAAAAAAUCCUUCAUAUUUUGUCUCAACAGUUUUCUACACAUAACAAUUAUUGAAAAAUUCUAAGGUGAAAUCAAAAUCAAUACACAAUACGCCAAAUUAGUGUAACGUGAAAUGUUAGUGCAGGUCAGUCAAUCAAUUUUAGUAAGAAAUCAAAGAGAUUGAUAAUAAUAGUCAAUUUGAUUGAACGAAUUAAAUAAUCUCAAAAUAUUUAUAUUUUACUAAGGAAUCAAAUCGUUUUUUAUAUGAUUCAAAAAUGACGUUUCGGAUUUUCUUUUGUAAAUACAUACCUACUACAAUUUUUUUUCUAUUUCAUUCGUUUAUUUGGUAAACCUAAUUAAAACAGUAACCACCCAUUCACAACUGAUUAUUAAUAAUACGAAACUAAUGUAUAUAAAUUAUUAUAUGGGUGAAAUGGGGUAAUUGCGUCUAGAAAAGGCUUUGUUUUAAUUCCAAUACUAUUCAAAUUUUCUAUACAUUCCUAGAUGGCAUAGCUAAUAUAAAGUAGAACAGAGUGCUCUUAAUUAAAUCCUUAAAAAUUCUUUAUGGUAAAUAGCUAUAGGUUUCAUUGUUCACAUACUGCAUAUAAGAAGUCGUGCGUUGAACUUUCAGAUUGUAUUUAAAUUUGAAAUAUAUCAGCCACAAUUUUAUUUGUUUAUAUGGCAAAGUUAUAAGCCAUAAAAGACGAAAUUUAAAAUAUCAAAAACAAAAAAUUAAAUCAGUGUGGAUGUUUAUUAUUCUAAAAGUGGAGUUAAUAACAUUUGAUAGAAAAAAGUGGAUGGAUUUUUUUUCAUUAGAAUCAAAUGCAAAUCAUAAUAAUCGUAAAACCAUCUUGUAAGCAAAUAAUAUGAAUAAUAUAUGAAUUAUUAAUUGUGUGGUAGCAGUCUAAAUUAUAGCUUGCGAUAUUAAUAGGAAAUUAUAAACAUAAAAUAGAUACAAUCGAAUCCUCAGUAAUGUCUGGAACAGAUUUGACUACGUAAACAAAUGUUUAAUAGAAGAGGUAAUUGUUCUCAAUUUUCUCACAAAUUUCUUAUAAUGUAACAUUUGACACUGUUUUUAAUUUGAUCAGUAGCCGAUCGCAUAUCAUCCGAUCGUUUAAAUUAAGUAUUCAACUUUUUCUUCUUUACCAAUGUUUUUAUAGCUCAAAAUCUCAGAGUCAUAAAGUAUGAAAUUUUCCUCAUGAUUAGAUCUUCUUUCUCUUUUCUUACUUCUUCACUAUUUAAAGCUUCAGCUCCUUUUCGUAUUCUUUUUACAGCUACUCAAAACUGAUUAACGGUAAGUAUUCGAAAGUAUUUCUUCGAAAGAAACUACUGCCCCCUUCCAUUUUUAUUUAGAGAAUUUGAGGUACUUGUGAAAUGUGAACCAAGAAUUUGAUUUUUUAGCAGUUUCUUGGUCUAGGUGCGAAUUAAUUGCUUAUUGGUAGCUCCAGGAUCAUAUACAUAACCGAAUAUUAUUUGGAAUUGUAGGGAUGUAUUUCUCCUUUUAGUCCUUUUCCAAAUUCUUUAAUAAAAAGCUUUGGAUUUCCCAUAUCUCCUACGCGUCUUAACCUUUCAGGAAUCUUGCGUUUGAGUAAGGUUUUACCCAAAUGCUUUCCUGGUAUUAGAACUACAUUCCAUCUCAAGAUAAUUUUAUGGACAUGAAAACUGCUGAGUUAAGGGGCUUUAAAAGAUUACUGCUGUACAGAGGUAGUUAAAUAAUUGUAAUAUUAUUCUUUACAGCUUCUUAAAUCAUUUCGUAUCUCGUAAUCCCUAUGUUUGGAAUAAAUGAUUUUAUUAAAUAAUAUGUAAUUGUGGAAUAAAUGAUUUUAUUGAAUAAUUUGUAAAAACAAAUGUUUCCAUCCACCCGUUUGUCGGUCCCAGAGUAGUAAAUGCCGGGAUAGUACUUACCUUCAUCAGCCAUCUACGUGUCCAAUACAUGUUUUUCAUUGUAAAUAAGUGAGAAGGGAGCUUUAGUGCGGUAAAAACUGCAGCCAAUGAUACACUAGUAUUUAACUCUCCAGAUCAGGCUAUUAACUUGGUAGACGUAGCCCCUUUUUACGGGCCACUUUAACCUUGGACAGAUCGCUACAUAAACUGUUGGUAAUCUGAUUUGGGCUGUUGAAUAGGUUCAAUUCUACUGUUGUGUAUUUAAGAAGAUCGCAAUACUAAUUUAUUAGAAAUGGAGCGGUGUUUUGCCCUCGCAUAUGCUAGUGCUUAAGGCCUAUUUAUUGAUAGAUUAUGCCUUUAUUUCAGAAACCAGUUCUCUCCAGAUGUGUUGUCUUUGAAAGAAUUUGGUAUUUUGACCAGUUUCAGUCAAAACAAUAAAAUACAUCGAAAUGAUUCAUCAACCUAUUUAAAGGAAUUAGCUUUAUCUUUAUAAGCUUUCGACCCCUAAUCUUAAUUUGAAGUAAUCCCGUAUUGCUUCGGGGUAUUUUAAAUAUCUUACUAGCUCCUAACGUAUCAAUUUGUUCAUUUUUCAUUGCUUCUAUCGCCUUUAUUAAAUCUUUCGAAUAAGUAACUGCAGCUACUAGGUGCACUUUUCUCAUCUAUAUAAAGGGUACUUGUUUCGACAAUAAUUUUCGGGGCAUCGAACAUCUACUUUCUCCAUCAGGAUACAAAUGAAAAAAGAGCAAUAUUUUAGGUAAAACAUUAUUAAAUUACCCAAAUAUUUUCAGAGAUUCCGAUUUCGUAUAAACUUGAGUAAUACGUAUUUAUUGGUAAAGUUCACUAAGCACAUGCCAACUUACGCCUGACGGAGACUAAACGGCGAAUAAAUGUGACCGUUCAGGCACUGAAGCACAGAGCCAGAACUAUUUAUUGCUUAUUAGUAAAUAAUACCAAAAAUAUUGUACUACGCACUUACCCCACUUGACCCUAUACCUUUAUUUUUUGUUUACAACAGAAUAUUGGAAUAGAAAUAAAUUAUAACUAGUCUUUAUAAGUACUCACUUGAAAAAUAUUAAAAUAUGAUAAAUU